ACAAGAAUAUCCAAUUCUACAUCCACUCACCUCACUGCCUUUCUGCUGACUGGAGUCCCAGGAUUAGAAGACUUCCAAAUCUGGAUCUCCAUCCCCUUCAGCUUCAUGUACCUUUUGGCUGUGAUAGGCAAUGGCCUGGUUAUGGCAGUGGUGGUUGGGGACAGGAACCUCCAUGAACCCAUGUAUCUCUUCCUGGCCAUGCUGGCACUCAAUGAUGUUCUCCUUUGUACUGUGACAGUGCCCCAAAUGCUUCUUAUCUUCUGGCAGGGUCCUUCCCCAUUAACAUUCCCUGCAUGUCUCACACAGAUGUUUUUUGUUCAUGCUCUGUUCCUCUCUGAAUCUGCUGUUCUCUUGGCCAUGGCUUUUGAUCGUUACGUGGCUAUCUGUACACCACUCCAUUAUGCAACCUUUCUUACAGGUUCUCUCAUUAGCAAGGUGGGUCUGGCUCUGGUGACUCGGAGUGUGGCUGUGGUCACUCCUGGUGUCCUCCUCAUUCUCCGGCUACGCUUUUGCCGGGAAAACAUCAUCCACCAUACCUACUGUGAGAACAUGGGCAUUGCCAAGUUGGCCUGUAAUAGCAUUGCCCUCAAUAGCAUUUAUGGGCUCACUGCUGCUCUCCUCACCACAGGGCUAGACUUUGUCCUCAUCUCCCUGUCCUACUGGCUAAUCCUGAGAACAGUCUUCCAACUACCUUCUAGGGAAGCCCGGACAAAAGCCUUUGCAACAUGUGGAGCUCAUAUAUGUGUCAUCUUGAUAUUUUAUACUCUGGCCUUCUUUUCCUUCUUUACCCAUCGCUUUGGAGAUCAUGUACCCAAGCAUGUCCUUAUCCUCCUGGCAAACCUCUACUUACUGGUGCCACCCACUAUGAACCCCAUUGUUUAUGGAGUAAAGACAAAGGAGAUAAGGAUGCAUGUACUAGGGCUCUGUAACAAACCAAAAUGA